CCGAAAUAACGGGCGCGGUGUUUGAACGUUGACAGUGUUCCAGAGAAAUAAAGUAGCGAACCGCAUAACAUUUCAUGCACAGUCCUUGAAACAGUUACAAAGUAACUAAUUUAGAAUGGGUAGAAGAAGAAGCAGCACAUUCUCAAUUAAAAGACGCGUUACUGAGGGUUUGGUGUUUGACGAAUUCGGGUUUGCCCAGACUAAAAGAAAGGACCAAAAACUUCAACACCGAUGUCACGAUUACAGUUACCCCCAACUCAACGCCCGUAGGGUGAAGGAAUUGUGUGAGCUUCUUAGUUACUGGAAUGGAUCCAGUUUUAUCUGCAGAAGCCAGAUCGAACGGUUUAUGAGAAUGGGAAUCCCUCCAGCUUUAAGAGGGCGAGUGUGGAAGUGCCUUCUCAACAUCGACAAACUAAGAGAAUCCAGUGCUUUUAACUAUCAGAAAUGUUUGGAUGAGAUCCGAGGGCCCCUGGUUGACCUGGGAGUUAGUGAAUACGGCAUCAUCUCAGCCAUAGCUACUUUGAAUGACACAGAGAAUGACCUGGGGUCCAACCAACUUCCCUCCCGCUGUCCCCCGGACUUGGCCUACUCCAGUGCAGAUGUCACCAUCUUUCGUCAGAUCGCUCUGGAUCUGCAAAGAUCCUUCCCAACCCAUCGCACCCUGAUGGGCGAGAGUCCUGAGGCAAUAGAAGGCCAAGCCAAGCUCUUCCGAGUCCUCAUCGCCUACGCAAAGUACAACCCUAAGAUUGGGUAUAGCCAAGGAAUGUCAUACAUCGCUGCAGUGCUUCUUAUGCACCUAAGUGAAGAGGAGGCCUUCUGGGCCUUGGGAGUUCUUCUAGAGAAGCCUAAAUAUCUGUCAGAGCUGUUUGACCUCUCCGGGGAGAAGAUCCAGCAUCAAGCGAUGGUGUUUCACCAGUUCUUCAAGCACAGGAAACCUCAGCUCUCCAAGCACAUAGAGGAUGUAAGGGUUUCGUCCAUCCAUUUUGUUAUGCCUUGGUUCCUAACCCUGUUCACCUCCCUGCCCUGCUGGGACUCUGUGCUGGCCAUAUGGGACCUCAUCAUGUUGCAUGGCCUCUCUGCUGUGUUCCGUACUGGUCUCACAAUCAUUCAGCUGCUGGAGUCUCGGCUAAUGAACCUGACUGACGAGGCUGCCGUGCUACCCCUGCUGCUAAGGGUACCUGUGGAUGUCUCUCAGCACUGUGUCCUGCUCCCAGCCCUGUGGAGCACAGAGGUACAGGAGUGGGAGAUCAAGUGCAUGAACAGCCUGGUGUUGGAAGAGACCGAGGGACACCACUUAGGAAAAAUUGAGAAACCUAUUCCACCACCACUGCCCACUAAGGUGAAGGAGCAGGAGAAGAGUGUGGAUGGACCUAAAUUGGAAGCCAAGAACUCAGUAAGGAAGGAUUCAUCGGUGUCCGGUGUUAAGCACGUGUUCACCCGGCUAGUGAGGAUGGCCCAGUGCUACCUGCUAGAUAAAGAUUGUCAGAGUGGGGACAGUAAGCCUUCCCCAUCCCAAGGCAGCUCUGCCAGGCGCCGCUCCUCCAAGGCCAGCAGGACAACUUCCUCAAUCACACAGUCACAGAUCAGAGCCAAGAGGAGUCAAAAGGGCGUGUCCCAGCAGGGAAGUGUGAGUCAGACCAGAGGAGGGACCCUUCCCGGUUCUACCCCAGACUCAGAUGGGUCGGUCAAAGACAGCAGGCCAGAGCCAGCAGCGUUUAGGAGAAUGGGUUCUGGUCCCGUGGGCAGGGUGGCGCGUAGACGCAGCAGUCUGCCCCCCAGAGUUGAGUCCCUCCGCCUGCUCCGGACCAGGACCCCCCAGUCCCCAUCGCCCUCUCCCUCCAGCCCAGCACAAACACUGGCCCAUCAGAGACGGAAAACAGCCCUAUCCAGGGAACUGCCAUCAAGAUGUCACUGCCUGAAUAAGACUACCAACCCCUUAAGGAACACUCAGGAGUCCCAACUCAUCUGAGGAAAGGAGGACCUGCACUUGAUGGUACUCUUGUUUAUCACAAUGCCCUCAAAACCCAACACGGAGGACUACAGAGUAAUGUCCCCAUGGAAACUUUUUAAACAUCACAUGCAAGAUCCAACCUUCCUGGAUGUCUUAGAUUAAUCACUGCUCAUAGUUGUGAAUAUCAUUGUCCUAGGAAGGGCCUUCUGAUAUGGGGCAUUGCUCCAUAUCCCCUUUCCAAUGUUUGUCCUACCACUGCUACCCAGCGAUUUAGUACUCUCUGGGUAGUAAGAACAGUGACUUUUCACUCAGCCCUCUGGUGCGACGACUAGGCUAAAGGUGGGAUUUGCUGUGUCAUCAUAUUUUAGCACUGCAUGUGGGAGUGUAUAUUUCGCUGUGAAUUCUACCUCUGAAUUUCUGUGACGUCGCUCCAGUGGAGUUGUUUGUUGUUUUAAUAUAUCUUGUACUCGUAGAGACGUCAGCUGUUUUGAAAUAAUAAAAUAUUAACCCUUCUAA